AGUGAACCGCUGCAGGAGAAAAGGGACAACGGCAGAUCUACCCUCUUCCCGAACGACAAGAAUCUCUUUGCAGGUGGGCAAAUGCCGGUCCUCAUUCAGGGCUUUCUUGUGUGUGCAUCUGAGCCUGUGGGCGCUUACACUCAGAUCUGACGCAGCAACACCAUGGCAGUGGCUGACCUGAUCGCCUCAGGUAUGCGCCGCACGCAGGCAGGCCCGUGAAGAGAAAGCAGACGGCCCUGUCGUGUUUGCACGGUGUCGUUUCAGGCCUGGCGGAGAUUGUGUUUGCGGUGGUGGUGGUUGGGCUGAUCAUGUGGCUGCCUUAUGUCGACUGCGGGCCGAAGCACAACUCGGGCCACAUGCUCAUGUGCCAGUUCGCCAUGGCGAUCCACGGCAUUCUGCAGUGCCUCCUCAGCCUGGCUCUCCCGGAUGGUCUGUGGUAUUAUGGCGGCAGGUGAGCAUCCGCAGGAAUGACCUCACACGCAACACAGCACACUCGAGUGUAUCUGUUGGCCUGCGUGUGUGCGUGAUGCUGUGUGCAGCUGGUUUCUGGUGAUCUUCUGCAUCUUGUCGUGGGUGGUGCCGCUGCGGUUCUUCUUUGAGUCGUUCAGUGACAAGCUGCGCGGCAAGAAGUGGUGGCUGUUUCUGAUGUUCUUCUGCUUCAUCAUCCUGAGCAUCCAGUACGUGUGGAUCUUCAUCGAGUUCAUGAGGAGGUACACCGGGGGAUCCAUCACCAUACGCUUCUAGACAGGCAGACAGGCAGGCAGACAGGGGGACACACGAGCGUACGUGUACAGUGAGAGGAUGCAUGUCUGUCUGUUUCAUACCGUCACACACGCGCGUCCGUUCUCUCUCUCUUCCUCCCUCCCUCAGAUGAACGCCAUCGACUGCACGAGUCGGUGUGGGGUUUUGGCAUGCGUCGUGUGAGUGUCUGUGUCGUCGCAUUUAUGCGGUCUUGGCGUGUCAUGUGUAUUUCUCUGGCCAUUUUCUAGAUAAGGGGCUGCCUGACAUGUACAUUGCCGUCGAUGUGGGCCUUUUCUUGUGGUCGUUGUUUGCGUCAAGUGCAUGGAUGGAUGAUGGAGGAUGCAGCUGGGAGAGCUGCACGAGGCCCCGCCAUUUUGUCAAGCAGAGAGAGAGGUGGCUGUACUGACCGACCCACAGGCAGAGACGUGCCUCUGUUAUGUGCCCAUACAUCACAUUAAGUACACACGUACGUACACGUUUCUUUCUGAUACACCCGCUUUAUUGAUGGCCCACGAACACUCUGUCCUGCUGUAAACCAGUCCGUGAGAUGUCCGAGCUUGUCAUGCGCGGGUCUUGUGGUGGAGGGUGAGCGAGACAGGCUGUGUAGCUGUGCCAAUCGUCUGUGAAUGCGCCUGUGAUCUUUCCACCUCCGUCGGACUGCCAUUGUUCGCAAGCUUCACUGAGAGGCGAUGUCAAUAUCCACACGCGCCUCUCAGUGAAGCUUGAGCACCACAGUCAUUCGACGAGGGGACAGAGCCGCCAUUGAGUCGCUUUUGAGUCAGACAGAGGGAGGCGAUUGAGGUUGUGUUGUUGCGUGUGUGUCGUGUGGCGGCUCUCGUGUGACACUCUCUCAUUCCAGCUCGAUCCGCACGGCAUUGCGUAAACGCCACCGUACG